AUGAAUCCCAACGAGGAAUCCGAGGAAAAGGCAACCCAAAAGGACGCGCAGGGAGGAGCACCAAAGGGGGUCCAAAUGGGUGAGGAGAAGGUCGCAUCCAAGGUAGCCCAAACAGGUGAACAGAAAAUCGAGCAGAGUAGACCCACGCAAGGUGGCCCCAAACAGGACAACGCGCACACGAACAAAGAAGACAUGCAGAAAAACGUAAAGGACUACAAUAACAUUAAUGACAUGAUCAGCUACAUUAUUAAAGUCGGGGUGUGGGAAAUGUACACAUACGAGUGGCUAAUGAACAGAAAAACCUUCCUUUACUACAAUACGUAUGUAGAGAAUUAUUUUUUUUACGACAAGAACAACAAUUUGACGCCAUUUAAUGAGAAGUACUUUUUUUUAUAUGUACUUACAUUUGAUAACACGGAUUUUGUAGCUAGCUUUUUUUUUAAAAAAAAUGAAAAAAAAAAAAAAAAGAAAAAAAUUAAAUUAAGUAGUUACACAAAAACCAUGCAAGGAAGGAGAAAAAAACAGGAAGAUCGGUACACAGUGAUUAACGACAUGACCAAGUAUAUAGAUGCUUAUGAUUACAAAACUUUAUUUUUUUAUAAAAGAAAUCCAUUUUAUUGCUUUUCCGUAAUUGAUGGUCACCGAGGUAUAAAGGCCUGCGAAUAUUGUAUGACCCACAUUGUGAAGAAUAUUAUUUACUACUUUUAUAAUCAAGACAAUGUCAGAGAGGAUGAAUUUAAACUUGGCUCCUCGUCUGCCACAAAGGAUAAUAAACAGGAUCCCUCUGAUUGUCAAAGUUGCGCGGAGAAUGGCGCUACCCAUAAAAGGAAGAUUCAAGGCACGGCGGCCAAAGGAAACACCCAGGAAGGAAGCAAAAAGGGUGAAAAUAAAAGCUGUGAUGAUAGCAGCUCCACGGGUUUCUCCCGCCAGGACUCUUCCACAGGGGAUGACAAGAAAGACUCGCCAUCACGGAGUAACACAGAAGAGAGUGAAAAGGAGGAAGGUAAAAGCAGGGACAAACGCGUGAUGGUAAAGGAACAAAUUUCAAAAACUAAGAAGAGAAAAAUAGACAGCAGCGACAUUACAGAGAGAGAAGAAAGUCCAUCACAGAGAGAAAGCGAAGAUGACAACAAGAAGCGUAGCGAAGAAAACGUAAGCGCCGAUUAUGAUGGAAGAUCCGGGGAAGAAAAGGACGAGUGUACCCGUACCUCCAUAACGGAGGAUAGGGAAAAAACAACAAGCGCCAAAACCAGCGGGAGUGGCCAACAAAAACUUGUAUUUUUAGAGGACCUCACAGAUGAAGAAAUCAUGAAUUGUAUAAAACUCGCCUUCUUAAGAACAGACGAACAGUUCCUUAAAAUUUCCAAAUUCCCGAAUCAUGGUUGCACGGUGAUUUCCCUCAUUAUCAUAAAGAACAAAAUGUUUAUUGCCAACCUGGGGGACUGCCGGGCGAUAGGAAUCGUCAACGUGAACGAUACCUUGAAACCGGAAAUGCUGUCGCAUGACCAUAAACCCAAUGAGCCUAAGGAAAGGGAGCGAAUAAAAAAAAUGGGAGGCGAAGUCAUCUGCAUGCAGAACGUGUUCAGGGUUAAGGCCAACGCGAAGAAGACCACUGUGGACCCUUCCAAUUUGCUGGACCGCUUGCCAAUGAAGGAGGAAGUUUACCUAGCCGUUUCCAGAGCCAUAGGAGACAAAGACUUCAAAGAAAACAACGUGGUGUCAGCCCUACCGGAUGUCAUCUGCAGAGAGCUGUGCGACGCAGACAGAGAUGAGAAGGAAUCGGAAAAGGAAAAUGUUGAAGCUUCCGACUCGACGGUAACAGUCAAAGUAGAAGAAGACUAUUUCAAGGAAGGUGAACCAUUUUUUUUUUCCCCGGAUGAGAUGAAUUACCUGUUUGUUGUCUUGGCUUGUGAUGGAGUGUGGGACACCCUGUCCAAUAAGGACGUGACCCAGAUCUUGCAAACCUACCAGCACGACCCGGACAAGGCCUGCAGCGAAAUUAUAAAAACGGCGUUUGCCUGUGGAAGUCAGGACAACAUAACCGCCCUUGUGUUAAAAUUCUACUGA